UGUUUAGGUCAAGGUGACUAGGUGAAGCCGUCUCACAGAUGCACAUUACGAAAGGUGGAAAGAAUGGCUAAAAGAAUGUGUUCAGCAGUUUGGGCCGGAUUUCUUCGAUGUAAAACGGCAAAACCAACAUUCUCAAACAUACGUCUCAUGUCAUCGGAGUCCGACCAGCCAAACAUCAUACAUCCCAUGAUGGAGAUUCCUCCCAUACCACCUUAUCCAGAGAAACUGAAUGAGCCAGUAGAAGAAAGGAGGGCACGGUUACUCUAUCAAAGUAGGAAAAGGGGGAUGUCAGAGAAUGGGCUUUUACUUAGUACCUUUGCCUCCAAAUAUCUAAAUGGUUUUGAUGAAAGGCAACUAAAAAUGUAUGACCACCUCAUUAACCAACCAGAUAAUGACUGGGAUAUUUAUUACUGGAUAACAGGUGUUGAACCCACACCACCAGAAUAUGAAAAUGAAAUUAUGGACUUGCUGAAGGAACACACAAAAAAUGACAACAGGGAAGAAAGACUGAGACAGCCUGAUUUACCAUGAGGGAAAGAA